AUGGUGAAAAAGUUGCAAAGGAAACCAAAGAUAUUGCAAAAUGAAGAUAUUUUUGAUCGUUUCACACAUACUGUGGAUAAAAUCCCAAAGCUCAUCAAAGAUGACUACUACAUUUCCCGUGAGCUUGGAAGCGGUGCAUGUGGUGUUGUGAGAUUAAUAUUUAACAAAAGGACAUGUGAUAAAUUUGCUAUGAAAGCAAUCAUCAAGAGUAAAGCAGAUGAUGAAAAGAAAUUAAAUCAUCCUAAUCGUAUUAUGAAUGAAAUUAAUAUUAUGAAAAAAUUAGAUCAUCCCUUCAUAGUUAGUGUCUACAACAUUGUUGAAACUCCUGAAGCAGUAUUUUUGAUAUUGGAGCUUAUGAAUGGAGGUGAUUUAUAUAAUAAAAUUAAAGAGUCGAAAUAUCUGAAAGAACCAAUAGUUAAGAAUAUUAUAUACCAACUAGCUGUUGCUGUUAAUUACUUACAUCGACAGAACAUCACACAUAGAGAUUUAAAACCUGAGAAUAUUCUGUUACAAAGCAAUAGUGAUGAUUCAAUAGUCAAACUAUCAGAUUUUGGCUUAAGUAAAAUUGUUGAAGGUAACACAGUGUUACAAACUGAAUGUGGUACUGCAUGGUAUGUUGCACCCGAAGUGAUAUUAAAGAAUUAUAAAACUUAUACUGAAAAAGUUGAUGUUUGGAGUCUCGGUGUAAUAUAUAUGUUUGUCUUUGUGGAUGCUUACCCUUCUCAGCAGCUGAUCAAAUUUGCAAAGGAAAAUAUUCUUUCAAACAAAGUAUUUGGUCUUCGGUUAGUGCUGAAUGCAAGGAUUUAA